AUGAGUAGCUCUGCUUCUCAGCUUCACAAUGUCUUCGUCUAUGGUAGCUUUCAGGAGCCUGACGUAAUCAAGGUCAUGCUUGAUCGUACUCCUGAGAUGGUCUCUGUAACACUCCCUGGUUUUCAGAGAUUUAGGCUAAAAGGACGUUUGUACCCAUGUAUUGUGCCCUCUGAGAAAGGAGAAGUCCAUGGAAAGCUACUAAUGGGAAUAACGGAUGAAGAACUUGAGAAUUUAGAUGCUGUUGAGGGUAAUGAGUAUGAGAGAGUGACAGUUGGGGUUGUUCGAGAGGACAACGAGGAGAAGAUGGCUGUGAAAACAUAUAUAUGGAUCAAUAGGGAUGAUCCUGAUAUCGAUGGAGAAUGGAGUUUCGAGGAAUGGAAACGAUUACACAUGGAGAAGUUCAUAGAGACGUUCAAAGAAAUCAUGGAAUGGAAGAGGAAUCCUCAGGGAAAAGUUAGAGAUGAUUUCGGCCAUAUCCUACGUGAAGAUGCUCCAUCGUCUUAG